CGAUUUUUUUUUCUUCUCUCUCACUUGCCUUCUUCCGUCGUGCUCUCAUUAUCCCAUAAUUAAUUACUUGCCACAGGCCUUGAUCUCCCUCGCGUACACAGAGCGAGCGAUGGUGGAGCACGAGAUGGAGCAGAAGGGGUGUCUCUGCCGGAUCAGGCUGCGCUGUCGAGCUCUUCUCGGCGAUGGAGGAGGACCUGGACACGGACGACGAGGGCUCGUGGGACCUUGUUGGGAGGGACAUCCGGCUAAAGGCCGCCUUCCUGUGCAUUGACCUCGGCCGUGUGAUCGCCUUGUGCGGGGGCGAAGAGCGCAAGAAGGCGCUCACUGCUCUUGCCAACAAGCUCUUCUACUCCAUGGAUGAGCUGGGCGACGCAGUGGAGAGCAGGAGCCUCCCUCUGACGCAGGCGCGCUACAGCGACACCGCUGACGCGCUCCGCGAGGUCGUCGCCGUCCUCGCGCUGUCCCUGGACCUGGAGUUCGGCCCGGAUGAUCCCGUGUGCCGUGUGCGAGAUCACCUUCACGCGGCUUCACAUGCUGUGUGGCCGUGUGGGUGUGGCUGUGUAUACAUUAUUGGCUCAUAUUUGGGUUGGCGUCUUCCCCCGUUUGCGUUGCCGAUGCUCCGCUGCUCUCUGAUUCUGUAACCCUCUAUGCGAAAUGCUGCUGCAUGCAGUGCUCCCCAGACAUCCUGAUUUGAUGGCCGCGCGUUAGGCUAGCGCCGCCCUGAUAAUUUUGACGCAUGGGUGGAUGCAGUUUAAUAGCAUUAAAAUAAUUUAUUUUGUAUCUA